GAGAGAUGGAGAGUAUUGAUUGAUUAAAACAUAAAUAAAUAUCUCAAAGUCCAGCACUUGAACAAAUGAACGUGAUUUUUACCUUGUUCACCUGUCGUAUAUUUGAAGUACGAGUCCUAUUCCACUGGAGGAAAUUCGGAUACUGAAUACUCCAAUACUGAUGCUGAGGGGCUUAGUGAGUACACGUCACUGGAGAUCAGGAUUCCAAAUCUGGAUUUGUCGGGGGUGAUCUUUGAGCGGUGAAAGUCCACAGCAUAUGACAACCGGCGCUCACCUGAGGAAAUUAAAGCCCGGACGUGGGUGAAAACGACGAGUAGGACUGGGUUGACAUCCGUAGUACGUAGGGAACCCAUCCAGUCGAUACAAUAGCGGUAAACACUAUAUAGAACACUCAUGCAAACCCUUAGAACGUAUUGCAUACAGAAUUUGAUGAUCCCUGUGCGUAAUCUAUAGAUUUCUCACAAAAGCAUACAAACUACAAACAAUUAUGGCAGUGAAUCCCAUCAAAAGCGUCCUGUAUUAUGUAUCAGCCCUUUUGGUGCUUCUUGGGCUCAUUUUGCUGCUACCGGUCUUGCUGCCAAUCUCAUUGUACUUCAGGAUUUACCGUCUUGUCUUAAAGAGGAUGAUCCUUAACUCUCCAGAUGCUGUGAAGGGUCACGCAGAUCUGGUACCGGCUGGAGACGCGAUUUGGCUUCAAGACAGCCCCGAGAAUAAGGCCAUUAUUAACGCAAUAGCUGUACUCAAAGGGCGUCCCGAUAUAGCCAAACUUCAACAGAUUCUUAUGGACAGGUUGAUCAAUGCAAAGAAUAGUAAAGGAGAGUUACUGUAUCGAAAGCUUCAACAAAAGUUUGUAAAGAAGUACCACAGAGACGUUUUCAUUGACGAGGAUAAUUUUGAUAUUAAAGACCAUGUUUAUCAAUAUGAGGGAGCGCUACCUAAAACUAAGAACGAUGUUCAGAAAAUUAUCAGCAUGUUGUCAUGGCGAGCUAUUGAUCCCGAAAAAGCAGCUUGGGAGAUUAUUGUUAUUCCUGAGAUUCCCGUUGAUGACCCGGAUGACGGAUCGUGUGAAUAUGCAUUUCUGUUGAGGUUUCACCAUGCUCUGGCAGAUGGCAUGUCCUUGGUGAAACUUUUUAUUACGCGUAUCGUUGACAAGGAUCCAUCCGAUCAGAAGAUUACAAAUAAAAAUUUUGGAGGUCAAAAUAAAGUAGCACAGCUUGCGAUGGCGGCCCUCUUUGGACCUUAUAUAUUACUGGAGCGAAUUUUAUGGCCCGCCGACGAUAGUGCACUUCAUGGCCCUGAGGUUUCCGGAGAGAAAAACGUAGCUUGGUCGCGGCCUAUUGAUCUUGCUCUUAUCAAGAAAAUCAAGAAUGCGGCUAAGGCUACAGUAAACGACGUAUUAAUGGCAUGUCUUGGUGGUGCUUUACGGAAACAUCUCACGGAUAAUGACUUACCGGUUCCCGAAUCGAUGCUUGCGAUGAUUCCUGUUGAUCUAAGAGGCCCCGUAAUGGACGAGGCACUUGAGAACCACUUUGGUUUAGUGUAUCUUCCCCUACCAACCAAUAUAGAAGACCCUAUGCAAAGGCUUAAAUACACAAAAUCAAACAUGGAUGCGAUAAAAUCAUCCCCAGAACCUUUAGUUUCGGAACUGAUGAUAAAAUAUUCUAUGAGUCGCUUCCCGACUGCGCUUACUAGACCUCUGUAUAAGGCGAUAUCGGAGAAGAGCACUAUGGUUCUGUCAAAUGUUCCCGGGCCACAGCACGUACUACGACUGGGUGGACAAGCGAUCACUACUUUAAUCUUCUGGCCCCCACAAAAAGCUAAUGUUGGUCUUGGGAUAUCCAUCCUUAGUUAUGCUGGAGAGGUAAGGAUGGGUCUUAUAGCAGACAAAGCUGUCAUUGCAGAUCCUGGCCCGAUUCCUGAACUAUUCGAACAACAAAUAAAAACUAUGGCUAAACUUUUAAAUGUGAAAAAUGAUUAGGCAAAAACGGAUAGAUGUAGGAAUUCUAACUGUUUACAAUUUGUUUUUGAAAUCGGUGACCAACAAAGGUAUACAAUGGUUUCGAAGAAUGGUAAGUUAGGAGAUGGUACCAAAACGGACCCCUGGCCCUAACUUGAAUGAUAGAUUGCAAAUAUACAUUUACGUGUAUGUGACAUAAAUUAUGUAACACAAUUGAAGCUUUUCCAUCGUUUGAUCAAUUUGUUUCUAAAUUGUAAUCAGGAAUUACUAAUGCAGUAAAAUGAACGUAGGAGCACAAACGGCCAAAAGGAAACAGCAGAUCGAAAUGCAUAACGUAUAAUUCACACAAAACGAUGAUAUGGCCACACACAUCAUACAUUACGGUUAAUCUAAGGAGGAUAAAUGGCUCCCAGGAUCCCAGGAUAUUUUCCAACAAUGAAAAUUAUAACCGACUAUAAAUUCAGUAUAAACAGUCCAAAAGACCAAUAUGUCGGUCAUUUCUUAUGUGUUU